AUGCGUGCCUUCUUCAAGGCACUUCCGAGGCGCCUCCGCCGACCUGGCCGCCACCGCCUGCAGAUCUUGUCUGACUUGCAUCUCGAGGUUGGUCAGCAAUACUCGACAUUUGCCUUCCCCGCGACCGCGCCAUUUCUGCUAUUGGCGGGCGACAUCGGUAGGCUUGUCGACUACAAUAGAUACCUUUGCUUUCUCCAAGCGCUUGCCUCUCGCUACCAAAAGGUCUUUCUCGUGUUGGGAAACCAUGAGUUCUACGGCAUGGACUACGAAUCCGGGCUCGUUGCGGCGCACCGCCUCUCGGAAGAGCCUUCCCUGGCCAAUACGCUCGUCCUCUUGGACAAGGCCCGUUGGGAUGAUCCCAAUUCCAACCUCACCAUCCUGGGCUGCACGCUCUGGUCUGCCAUCCCCGAUGAGGCUUGUGGCCUGGUCGAAUCCAAAGUCAACGAUUUCAAGAAAAUAAUCGGCUGGACUGCGCGGAAGCACAACAAAGUCCACGCCGAUGAGGUGGCCUGGCUUCGUCACCAGAUUGCGCGAAACAGCGACGCCAAAAGACUGCUCGUGGUGGCGACGCACCACGCCCCCUGUCUGGAGGGCACUUCUCAGCCCGGCCAUUCCGACAACCCAUGGUCGUCGGCAUUUGCAACAGAUAUCUUGACGGAAGGGGGAUGGGACGACGUCAAGAUCUGGGCCUUUGGCCACACACACUAUUCCACGGAUCUCACCUUGCCCAACGGCAUCAGAUUGGUGGCUAACCAGCGGGGAUAUGUGCUUCCGGGCAACGCGAUGCGAGGAGCUGUGAGCAGCAAGACGAAGAAAGGGGCCCAUGACUUCUAUCCCGGCAUGUCUGUUGCCCUGGAGCAAUGA